AAAAAAAGAAAAAAGGUUAAAAAUCUAAUACUCUUUUCGCCGCUCAAAUUUUGUAUUGACUAUGUUUAUAGGGUCGGUGAUCAGCGUUGAUUUAAACAGAUUUUCCAACAAAAACCAAGUAUAAGAGGCGUUUCAAUACAUCAAAAACCCAAAAAAGGAAAAGAAAAAAGAAAAAAAAAAAGAAACAGAGAAGAUAUUUUUUUCAAAACCAGUCAAUACACUGUUUUCUUUCUUCCGUCUGUUUAGAUUUGGGACAGAGAUAUUCCGGUUGGAUUUGGCGUGCGAAACGGUAAUGAGGUUCCGUCGUCGUUGAGUCCUUUCCGAUUCUUUCGGUCUUUUUGUCCGAUUCCUAUUUUUCAUCCUUGUCUAUCUUUUAUCUCUAUCUUUCCUGUCUAGGGUUUUCAUUUUUUUUUUUCACUUUUCCCCUAUUUUUUUUUUUUUUUGUGAUUGUUCUGGAAAUUCAUGCGAAUCUUCUCUAUCGUGUAUAUCCGCUAUUGAUCUUAUUAUCUUACCAGGUCUUUCGUGAUUUGUUUCUCUCGAUGCAUUCUGUUGUUGUUGAAGCAAACAUAGUAGAUUCCUUGUUUUAGAGUCGCCAUUUUAUUAUGAAAGAUUUUUUUGGGUAACUUUGUGUUAUUUGCAGCUUUGUUUGUUAAUUUCGAAUGUAUCGACAUGCUAUUUUAUCGAUUACGCUGCUUGAAUGUGUUAGUUUUUCUUUUUCUUCUUGCUUUUCAAUUUGAAUUUUAUCGAUCUUAGUAGCUUCUGUUUCUUAUUUUGAUAUCUGUAUAUUAGAUUGAUCUUAAUUCAUUGCAUUCUCAUUGCUGCUUGCUGUCUUUAACUUUGCUACCACCCAAAAAGGGGGCCUGAGUAGGAAAGUUUGUGAUUAUUUAUUUUGUAUUCCAGGUUGUUAAAAGUGGGCUUUUGGUAUCUUUAAGCUGUGGAUUUUGAAAGUUAGCUGAAUUUUAAGUGACUUCAGUUGAGAGAGAAUUUUGAUUUUUUUGGGCAAUGAGGAGUUCUUGGGCUGAUUCUGUUGACAAUGCAAACUCUGGUUCUGCAGAGAACACUGAAGGGACAAGUGGUGGUGGUGGGGGUAAAUCGGCAAACUCCGGUUCUGCAGAGAACAAUACAGGGACAAGUGGUGUCGGGGGUAAAUCAGCGUAUGUACCGCCACACUUGAGGAAUAAGCCACCAGCUGUGGAGCCGCCUGCGCCAUCUUAUUCUGGACCACCAUCUGGUAGUGAUAGGUUUGGGUAUAGUGGACCAGUUGCUGGUGGAUCCCGUUUUGGUGGUGGCGGUGUUGGUGGUUCUAGGAGUGAUUAUGGGCGGCAGGGCUACGGUGGCGGGGGUCGAGGAAGUGGUGGUGGUGGUUGGGGCAGUAGAGGUGGAAGUUGGGGAGGCCGAGAAAGGGAGGUGAACCCUUUUGAAAAUGAUGAUGUGGAUGCUAAUGGCGUGACUGAGUUCAGUGAGCAGGAGAAUACGGGUAUCAAUUUUGAUGCUUAUGAGGACAUUCCAGUGGAGACAAGUGGGGAUAACGUGCCCCCACCCGUGAAUACAUUCGCAGAGAUAGAUUUAGGGGAUGCUCUCAAUCUUAAUAUUAGGAGGUGCAAGUAUGUAAAACCAACCCCUGUUCAGCGUCAUGCUAUUCCCAUCUCUCUUGCAGGAAGAGAUCUGAUGGCUUGUGCUCAAACAGGGUCUGGAAAAACUGCUGCUUUUUGCUUCCCCAUAAUUAGUGGUAUAAUGAGGGGUGGCCUUCCUCAAAGACCUCGUGGUACCCGGACUGUAUUCCCGCUCGCUCUCAUUCUGUCACCUACCAGAGAGCUCUCAAUGCAGAUACACGAGGAAGCUAAAAAGUUUUCCUAUCAAACAGGUGUCAAGGUGGUAGUGGCUUACGGGGGAGCACCAAUAAAUCAACAGCUUCGGGAGCUUGAGAGAGGGGUUGAUAUUCUUGUGGCCACUCCUGGGAGAUUGGUUGAUUUGCUUGAGAGGGCAAAAGUGUCAUUGGCAAUGAUCAGGUACCUAGCUCUUGAUGAGGCAGAUCGAAUGUUGGAUAUGGGGUUUGAACCUCAGAUCAGAAAGAUAGUGGAGCAGAUGGAUAUGCCUCGAAGAGGUGAAAGACAAACAAUGCUUUUUAGUGCUACCUUUCCAAGAGAAAUUCAGAGACUGGCUUCUGAUUUUCUUUCAAAUUAUAUAUUUCUGGCUGUUGGGCGGGUUGGCUCAAGUACAGACUUGAUUGUACAAAGAGUGGAGUUUGUUUCCGAGAAUGACAAGAGAAGCCACCUAAUGGAUCUUCUUCAUGCACAGAGGGCAAAUGGUGUGCAGGGCAAGCAAGCGCUGACACUAGUGUUUGUGGAAACAAAGAAAGGAGCUGAUGCUUUAGAACAUUGGUUGUGUAUGAACCAUUUUCCUGCGACUACUAUUCAUGGUGACAGAACUCAACAGGAAAGAGAGCAUGCUUUGAGAUCAUUCAAGAGUGCGAACACUCCUAUUUUGGUUGCCACGGAUGUGGCUGCUCGUGGCCUUGAUAUACCCCAUGUUUCUCAUGUUAUCAACUUUGACCUUCCCAACGAUAUUGAUGAUUAUGUGCACCGGAUUGGACGAACAGGUCGUGCUGGGAAGACUGGAUUGGCAACUGCUUUCUUUAAUGAGGGCAACAUGUCAUUGGCUAAACCAUUGGCUGAGCUGAUGCAAGAAGCUAACCAAGAAGUCCCUGAUUGGUUGAUUCGCUAUGCUAGCCGGGCUUCAUAUGGUGGCAAGAAUCGGCGGUCUGGUGGUGGUGGUUCUCGUUUCGGUGGCCGUGACUUUCGAAGGGACCGAGGCGGUGGUGGCGGGGGUGACUACUACGGUGGUGGAGGUGGUGGCUACGGUGGUAACUAUGGUGGGGGUUAUGGUCCUCCUGGUGGAUCGAGUGCUUGGGACUAAAAAACAUAUAGAAUGGAGAGGUACAUAAAUGUUCUGGAUCCAAAAUUGGUCGGUUGUAAUGCUUCAGUUCAUCCUGGAGGUUUUAUUUUUGGAAGUUUGGUAUUGAAAUUAGCGCAAAAGAAUUUUAUGUUAGGUUUAGUGAGCGGGGGAGUAAAACUUAAGAAUGAUUAUUUUAGGCAUCAUCGAUAUGAUUGAUCUUUGCUCAUCAUUUCUUACUGGGUUUUAUUUCUCUGAACGUUUUCGGCGGCUUUGUAUCGUUUGGUAGAGGGAGAGAGAUAUAAACUGUCUCAGGCAGAGAGAUGGGCCUUAGAUGAGAUUCGAUGCUCUACUUAAUUAGGCUCUUUUUUUUGUUACUCUUCAAAUUUUGUUUGGUUGAAGGGCCAAGAUUUUCUACUCCCCCACACAAAAUUCUAGUUUUCUAUGGGUUUGCCGUUGUUCAAAAUACAUCAUCUAAAUAUAUAGUGGAAAUCAGUACGGUAUGAUGAGCAAACGUAUUGCUUAUUAAAAGUUACUAUAAGCUCACUAAUACUAUUCGUUAUUAGUAGAUGGAGGUAGAGAUUAAUUGCUCCUCAAGGACCUCAAAAUAGGAGAGAAGUCAUUUGAGUUUGAAUUGAUUGAUGUGCUGUUUGUUCUGUGUUUCCAUUCGUUUGUUUUUUGUAAUUGGGAAGAUGUCUUUCCACAAGUCACCAUUAACCAAAUACUACUGUAUUGUUCUUUCCAUUUCAAAAUUUUGGCCGCAUUUGAUGUAUUACUGAAUUUAAUACAACAAGUAGUACUACUAAAUUUAAUACAAUAAGCAGGUUAAUAAUUUUGAGGAGAUUAUGAUUCGUUAUACGGAGUAUUUUUCCUGCCACUCAUCGAGUCCUUGGUUUUUGUGUGUUUUACUCUUGAAUUUUGGGGAAACUUUGUAUCGAACUCAGC